UACUGCUUUACGGAUCAACUCAGCACUUUAGCUCAUCUUUGUUCGCCGUGCACCGAACAUCUGACAAAUGUUAACUCAACCGGAACAAGCCUACCGGGUGGUUAAGUUUAUUAAAUAUACCUACCGCAUCAAAGUUGGCAGCCAGUCAGACCGAACCUCAGCAGCAAGAAUGCAGCUACUUCUACGCCUACUGCAAGCCAUUGCGAUUUACUCAAUCAGCGCCUUCUACGGCAUAAAAUUUUUGCUCAAGACAGUAUUCGAGUUUCUGUUCGAUCCCCACCUUGAUCGUUGGGCGACAAAAGAUCGAUCAAUAUCGCUUGCCGUUCUGCAUGAUCCAGCCUUUGGGAGGCAUAAAUAUGUUGAAGUUAAUGGUAUCCAACUACACUACGUCGAAAAUGGAGAUCCAGAGAAACCGCUGAUGCUGUUUCUGCAUGGAUUCCCAGAGUUUUGGUUCAGUUGGCGUCAUCAGAUGAAGGAAUUUUCCCGGGAUUAUCGAGUAGUUGCCCUCGAUCUGCGAGGAUAUGGGGGCUCAGAGGCACCAAAUAAACGAUCUGCCUACCAGCUGGACCUGUUAGUGGAGGACGUUCGAAGCUUCGUGAAGGCACUGGGCUACGAGAAGGUGAUUUUGGUUGGUCACGACUGGGGUGCAAUCAUUGGCUUCCAGUUUGUACUGAAGCACAUGGCUAUGAUCGACCGAUACAUUAUGAUGGGUGCACCUUCGCUGGACGUAACGCGUAGGCUUCUGGCAACCAGUUGGCAACAAUUCCGAAUGUCCUGGUAUGCGUUCUUCUUCAUGCUUCCGAGAUUACCGGAGUUCUACAUUUGGUCGAAGGAUUUCCGAUACAUUGAUCAAAAUAUGGGCGCCUAUUUAACGAAACUAGAAUUGGAAGCAUACAAAUACACUUUUUCUAGUGCGCGUGCGUUGACAAGAGCAAUCGAUUACUAUCGAGAGAAUUUCAGUUUCCUUCAAAAGGAGGAAAAACUUCCGGUCAUCGAACGAUACUGUCCAGGACUGUAUCUCAUGGCUGAACACGAUCAAUUCAUCUCCAUGCACAGUGGACAACUGUUGAUGAAAAGCAUACCACAUCUCAGGUGUAGAGUUAUUCCUGCUUCUGGACACUACAUUCAACAAGAAGAUCCUCAACUUGUCAACAAGAUGAUCCGCGAUUUCCUUGAUCUAUGA